AUGCACCAGGCCUCGUACUCCUCAGGGCAGGGAUGGGUAUGGCUCCCGUCACGCGUCCAGCAGAUUCGCUUCGCCUCAGGCCAGGACAAGAAGGGAUGGUACGACUGGUACGCAAGGCUUGGUGUAAAUCCAAGAGCAUCGGUGAAGGACCUCAAGAAGGCCUAUUAUAACAAGGCUAAGGUGGAGCACCCAGAUCGCGACAAGUCCCCAGGUGCGGCGGCUCGGUUUCGCAAUCUACAACAAACUUACGAAAACCUGUGUGUCGAGUGGAAGAGGGCGGAGCACGAUCAGCAAAGGCUGGCCAGGCAAAGGGCAGCAGCAGCUGCUAGAGCACAGAUGACGGCUCGCCAGGCCUCGGUCGUAGACAACUUGCGAGCCAAAUGGAAGGCCGAAGAGGACACUCGGAGGAAGGAUGAUGAAAUGCGAACGAGGAACAUCAGAACAACAGCUAAAGUAGGGCACCAACAGCCCAAAACAACCAAGUCGCAUGGACCCAAAGCCGACGUACAUGACUUUCAAACAGGACCAUACGGUCCCAGAACCGCCAGAACCGAUAAAAUCAAAGAAAAGCCUCCAAAGCAAGAGCAACGGCAGGCAAGAUCUAAGGAGACGGAGGAGGAUCACUUGAGGAAACAGAAGCUUGCAGAUGACCUGCUAGCAAAACAGAAGACCACUGCCGAUGGGAAGAAGCGAAAAAAUGAUGCCGCCGCCCACAAGACCGAUGAGAACAAUUGUCUGCACGAGAGAGUCAUAAUAACUAUGCGAGGUCUCCGAAAGGGAACUAAGCUGGUUGAUCUCUUCGAGCCUCUCGUCACUUUGAUGCCGGGCCCUGUCUUCAGCGCAAGAUUCUUGUCGCACAGAAUGGCUGCGAUUGAAUUCUGCACAGACGCCGCGGCGCGCAGGAUUCUUGAUGUGGCCAAAGAGCGCGGGCUAUUGAUCAAGGGCAAGCGUGUCACCGAUGUUCAGCUCACCCGAUCAAUGAACAAGAUACCAGCCACUGGUUCCAUCUCGCGUGUCUUGAAAUUGUCCAAGGUACGGCCCAAGGAGGAGCAUUUCGCGAAAGGAAUCCUCGAACACUUGAGCAAGCAUGGUUUGCAAGUGGAACGGAUUGUGUCCAGGCUGGAAAUGCAGAACUCCACGAUGGGAAAGCUACCACGGAGGGAGUUGUGGGCCAAGCUGGAGUUUUCGACGAGCACCAUCGCAGCCCUAGGCAGCCCUCAAGAAUGGAGAAAAUUCGAAGAAGAAGUCCGGAAUAUGGAGGAAUCAAACGCCUAUUGA